GCAUUUUCAGAACAAACAUGAUCGACUACACUAUAUUUGAGUGCGAGAUUGAGCCCACUUAUGGAAAAGGUGGCACUUCACCUGCUCCGGAAAAGGUCACCCCUUCGACAUCGAAAGAUCAAGUCUUACUAACGAUCCGUAAACAUUUGGAGCAGGUCUAUGAGGUUGACAGAGUUCUUUUAUGGAAGAUGAGCCAUUGCACGGCAUAUACGCAAAUGACUGAAAUUCUGGCCGGUUUGAGGCUCGUCAGAAAACUCGAAUGUGCUAUUCAAAAGCGAUUAUUUGAAUAUCUGCAAAUACCAGAGUCGAUAUAAUUUUUUCAAGCGAGAGGGGAAUCUUGAUCUCGCUCAAGCACCAAGUGCCUACGACUUCUUCAAAUUGUAUAUAAUCAAAGCUUGUAAUUAUUGCUUUUCUAAAAGAUCGUUGUAUAGUGGAUGGAAUGUGAAUUAUGUGGGAAUAAAAUCGUAAU